CACCGAUACCGGCCAUCGACUGGUUCAAUCCUUGUCUCAACUCCAUUUACUCAGAUCGCACUACUUCUCCUACCCAUCCUCUGCUCUCGCCUUACCCCCUCCCUUGCUCCCGCUCUUUAGCAUCAUGAGCGACGCACCCCAACCCUCCAACCUCAAACUCCUCCUCAUCGGCAACUCGAGCGUCGGCAAGUCGUCUCUCCUCCUCCGCUUCACAGACGACGACUUCAUAUCCGAGGAGGAGACGGCCGCCACCAUCGGCGUCGACUUCAAAGUCAAGAGCAUCGAGCUCAACGGGCGCCGCUACAAGCUCUCCAUCUGGGACACGGCGGGGCAGGAGCGUUUCAGGACCCUCACAUCCAGCUACUACCGCGGCGCGCAGGGCGUCAUACUCGUCUACGAUGUGUCGUCGCGGCCGACCUUUGACGAGCUCGUCAAGUGGUUCCGCGAGAUUGAGACGUACUGCGCCGAAGACGUCGUCAAGAUCCUCGUCGGCAACAAGGUUGACAAGGAGUACCAGCGGCAGGUGACUCGCGAAGAGGGCGAGAAGUUCGCCGAGCGCAUGGGCACGCUCUUUGUCGAAUGCUCGGCCAAGACCAAUGUCGGCGUAACUGAGGCGUUCCAAGAACUCGUCAGACGCAUCCUCGACACGCCGAGCCUGUGGCAGCGCGGGCCACAGCCCGUGCGCGCCCCCGGCGCCGUCUCGCUGUCCGAGGACAACGGCAGCCUGCUGGGCGGCUGCGCGUGCUAGGCGCACCUUUGGGCACGUGCACGCGACAUAGAUGAUAGUGAUAGAGGCGUGGGCAAAAUGCUGCCUGUGCCCCCGCAAUACCUGCAUCGAUAAUUCCCUGUUGUACAGCUACCCCUAGCUAGCCGUAGGCCGUAGAUUAGACUGCAUCUUAUUCUGAUUCGA